AUGCAUGGUGGCAAUGGAACACAAGAUCAAAAUAGUUUUAAACAGGGAGCUAUUGACUUUACAGCGGGCUCAUUAGGUGGUAUGUUACAGGUGUAUGUCUCCCAACCGCUGGAUACGGUGAAGGUUAAACAACAAACCUUUCCCAAGCUUUAUAAGAACAUGUUCGAUUGUUUUGUAAAAACUUAUCGGAAGGAUGGCAUUUUUCGUGGUCUAUAUGCGGGUUCUGUGCCUGCAGUUAUCGCCAAUGUUGCCGAAAAUUCUGUAUUAUUUGCAGCCUAUGGUGGUUGUCAAAAAUUUGUGGCCCAUGCCAUGAAUGUAGAAGAUACAAAAAAUCUUUCAGUAUUAGGAAAUGCUUUCGCUGGAUUUUUAGCUGCAUUCUUCUCCACCUUUACAUUGUGUCCAACAGAAUUAAUUAAAUGUAAAUUACAAGCUAUGAGAGAAAUGUCGCAGAUAUCUAGUGCCGGUGCAGUUUUAAAAACAGAACACAUAACGCCUUGGCAACUUACAAGACAAGUCUAUUGUACGGAGGGCAUUCCCGGUUUUUUCCGUGGAUUGACUUCUACUUUCAUGCGUGAGAUGCCAGGUUACUUCUUUUUCUUUGGUGGCUACGAGGGCACCAGAGAACUGUUCACAAAACCUGGUCAAAGUAAAGAUGAUAUUGGUGCUUUAAAAACAAUGGUGGCUGGAGCAGUUGGUGGCGUUACAUUAUGGACUGUCAUAUUUCCAGCUGAUGUCAUUAAAAGUCGCAUACAAGUUAACAAUUUAAAGCGUAGUAUGACUUCUGUUGGUUUAGAAAUAUUUAGAAAUGAAGGCGUUUUGGCCUUAUACAAUGGUUUAUUGCCAUCCGUGCUGAGAACGAUUCCAGCUACAGCGACACUAUUUGUAGUUUAUGAAUAUACAAAGAAAAUUUUAAAUAACGCACUUUAACAAAAAAAGAAAAUAUUUUUAUUCAUUAAAAUUAAUCGUAGAAAAAUUCCUAUAAUUUAACGAUUG